AUGAGCGAUUCGAACAAAAAGACCAAAUCAAAGCAGCCGGUGCUUGCCGUAGACCUUAUUAGAUCGAUCUUGGAGCGUUUGAGCUUUGUCGAUUUUCAUAGUGCUAGAUGCGUUUCUUCAGAAUGGUAUUCCACUUCGAAAUCAUGCCAUGGCUCAUCCUCUUCCCGAAGGAAGAUCUUGAAAGCGACAACAACAUCGGUUCAUAGGAUUCCUCUUCCGUCUCUGGAAUCCGUCGAUGGAUGGCAGAUCGGUCAUUCAGGAAGAUUUUCUUACGAGAGAAGCAAAAUAGGCAAAGCUGUUUUGUGGGUAGAUGAAAAAAGCAGAGAUUACUUCGUUGUUUGGAACUUUGAUUGUUUAGUUGCAUAUCACAAGAAAGGAGAUGCCAACAAUAGUUGGAAAGUGCUUAAACCUUUGAAGAAUGAAGGCUUUUACGAUAUGGUCCUUAAAGAAAGGAAGCUUUACGUGCUUAGUGAUGGUCGAGGCGUCAAAGUUUUUGAUUUCUCCUAUGGUGAUCCUCCAACUGAAUUUUGUGUAAGUUCCCAAUCUCCGUGGUACAAUCGUUCCGUCAAUCUUGUUUUGACUUUGUCUGGAGAACUAGUGUUGAUCAUUUCAAAUAUGGGGAGACACUCCUUCAACGUCUUCAAGUUGGAUCCCACAUCAUCAAAAUGGAUCAAAAUCGAGUCUAUAGGGGACGAAGCAUUGCUAUUGGAUCAAGGAAUAACGGUUGCAGCCAAAGAUGGAGUUAUGAAAAAUUGCAUAUAUUUUAGUAAUCAUCACUUUCGUAGAUACGAAGGGACUAAUCUAGGCAAGGAUGACAUUGAUAACGGUAUUUGCGUCUACAAUAUUCAAACCCAGAAGGUAGUCCAUAAGUUUCCAUAUCUUAUUGAUUCAAGGAUGCUCGUUGGUUUUUCCCCACUUGUGGUGGAAAAUGGUUUCUUUAAAGCUAUAUCAAGUUUUGUCUUUUGCUAA